CAAUCCUCAUAAUUGCAAGGAAGAAAAAUCGACCGAACCCUAAUCUCAUUUUCGCGCCCUUUUCUCUUCUCUCUUCCUCACAACCCAAAAACCCAAACCCUAGACCCCCAAUCCAACAGCAAAAAGCCCCUUCCACGCUCCGCCAAUGGCGGAUCGAUCGGCCAAACGCCGCAAGAUCCCACCUUCGGACGCCGAUCGAAGGGGAGAAGACGACUAUUUGCCCGGCAACAUCGUGGAGAUCGAGAUCCACAACUUCAUGACCUACGAUCACUUAAUCUGCCGCCCUGCUUCUCGUCUCAACCUCGUCAUUGGCCCUAAUGGCUCCGGCAAGAGUUCUCUUGUCUGCGCCAUUGCCCUCGGCCUCGGCGGAGAACCUCAGAUUCUUGGAAGGGCGGCAAGUAUCGGGGCAUUUGUCAAGAGAGGGGAGGAGAGAGGUUACAUAAAGAUAUCGCUGCGAGGGUUCACGGCGGAGGAUAAGGUUACGAUUGCGAGGAAAAUUGAUACUCAUAAUAAAUCAGAGUGGAUGCUUAAUGGUGUAGCAGCACCAAAGCGAGACGUUGUUGAAAUUAUUCAAAAGUUCAAUAUCCAAGUCAACAAUUUGACCCAAUUCUUGCCGCAAGACCGGGUAUGUGAGUUUGCGAAGCUAACUCCAAUUCAACUUCUAGAAGAGACCGAAAAAGCUGUUGGAGACCCUGAAUUGCCAGUUCAACAUCAUGCACUAGUUGAUAAAAGCCAUGCACUUAAGAGACUAGAAGUGACUGUAAAACAAAAUAGAGAGACUCUGAAUCAACUGAAGGCUCUAAAUGCUGAACAAGAAAAAGAUGUAAAGCGCGUUCGUCAGAGAAAUCAACUUCUUAAAAAGGCUGAAUUAAUGAAAAAGAAACUUCCAUGGCUUAAAUAUGAUCUGAAGAAAACAGAAUAUCAGGAUGCCAAAAAACGAGAGACUGAAUCCAAGAAAAAACUUGAUGAAGCAGCUAAAAUCUUGAGUGACCUCAAGGCACCUAUAGAGGAGAAAAGGAAAACAAAAGCAAUUCACGAAUCAAGUAGCAAAAAGAUAAACAAUCAAAUAAACCUAAAUGCAAAAAGACGCUCUGAAAAUUUGGAGAUGGAAGCUAAGAUGGCAAUACAAGUGCGUGCAAAAUAUACAGAUAUGGACGAUUUAAAAAGGCAAGAGGAGUCUCGUCUGCAAAGGAUGGUGAGAGCCAAGGAGGAUCUUAUUACCGCUGAAAGAGAACUUGAAGAGCUUCCAGUAUAUAAACCACCAAAAGAUGAACUGGAAAGGUUGGGCACUCAAAUUUUGGAUCUAGAACUGAGUGCGAAGCAAUUAAGGAUGCAUGGGAGGGAGAAAGAACAACUCCUGCAGCAAAGAAAAUUUUCCUUGAUGCAAAAUAAAGAUAGAUUGAAGGAGAUGGAAAAUAGCAAUAACAAGCUUCUUCAGGCAUUACAGAGGUGUGGUGCAGAUAAAAUAUUUGAGGCCUAUAAUUGGGUACAAGAACAUCGGAAUGAAUUAAGGAAAGAAGUAUACGGUCCGGUCCUUCUUGAGGUGACUGUUCCUAAUCGGAGCCACACAGCAUACUUGGAGAGCCAUGUUCCUAAUUAUAUUUGGAAGUCCUUUAUCACCCAGGAUUCUUCUGAUAGAGAUUUCUUGGUUCGAAAUUUGAAGUCUUAUGAUGUUCCAAUUCUCAAUUAUACAGAGGAUAGAUUCAAUAACCAAAUGCCUUUCAGCAUUUCCAAUGAGAUGCAUGAGCUUGGCAUCCAGUCUCGCCUUGAUCAAGUAUUUGAUGCUCCCAACGCUGUGAAGGAUGUCUUGAUUAGCCAAGCUCACUUGGACAAAUCAUAUAUAGGGUCAGAUGAAACUGACCGUAGAGCUGAUGAGGUAUCAAAAUUAGGGAUUAUGGAUCUUUGGACUCCGGAAAGUCAUUAUCGAUGGUCUGCCUCAAGAUAUGGCGGUCACGUUUCUGCAAUUGUCGAGCCUGUUCAUCCUUCUCGUCUUUUUAUGUGUAGUGUUGAUAUUAGUGGCAUAGAGAACCUCAAAUCAAAGAAAACUGAACUGGAAAAUACUAUUGCAGAGUUGGAGGAAAGCUUGAGAGUCCUUCAUGCUGAACAAAGGCAGUUGGAAGACGAAGCAGCCAAAUUACAGAGAGAUCGGGAGAGUAUUCAUAAACGAAAUAAUGAUGAGAAAAGAAAACGUCGUGAGAUGGAAAGUCGUGUGGAGCAAAGGAGAAGGAAGCUGGAAGCCCUGAUGGGAGAUGAAGAUCUUACUUCAGCUACUCAAAAACUCAUUGAUCAAACUGUCCAAUUGAAUGAGCAAAGAUUCCAAUUGGCAAUGAAGAUUAAGAGUUUGCUUAUUGAGGCCAUUUCUUUAAAGUGGAGUUUUGCGGAAAAGCAAAUGACGUCAAUUGAAUUUGACACAAAGAUCAGGGAAAUGGAAGCCGAUCUAAAGCAACAGGAGAAAUUUGCUCUUAAUGCAGCCACACACUACGAGAAUUGUAAAAAGGAUACCGAGGAUUAUAGGCAGCAACUAUUUGAUGCUAAACGUCAUGCAGAAUCAGUAGCCAUCAUCACAGAAGAUCUCGCUAAAGAAUUUCUUGAGAUGCCUGCCACUAUAGAGGAAUUAGAAGCUUCUAUUCAAGAUAAUAUCUCAGAAGCAAAUUCUAUCUUGUUUCUCAAUCAGAAUAUUCUUCAAGAAUAUGAGAGCCGUCAGCGAAAGAUAGAGUCCAUGGAGACUAAAGUUGAAGCAGAUCAACAAGAACUAGAUAGAUGUUUAUCUGAAAUAAACACCUUAAAGUGUUUGUGGCUCCCAACACUUCGAAACCUUGUUGUCAGGAUUAACGAGACUUUCAGCCGUAACUUUCAAGAAAUGGCUGUAGCUGGAGAAGUUUUACUUGAUGAGCAUGAGACAGAUUUUGAUAAAUAUGGCAUACUAAUAAAAGUGAAGUUCAGGGAAUCAGGACAGCUUCAAGUACUGAGUGCCCACCAUCAAUCAGGAGGGGAACGAUCUGUUUCAACUAUUCUGUAUCUUGUUUCGCUUCAAGAUCUCACAAAUUGUCCUUUUCGUGUUGUUGACGAGAUAAAUCAAGGAAUGGACCCCGUAAAUGAGAGGAAAAUGUUCCAACAACUUGUCAGAGCAGCAAGUCAAGAAAAUACACCACAGUGUUUCUUGUUGACACCAAAGUUAUUACCUGAUCUCGAGUACAGCGAUGCUUGUAGCAUUUUGAACAUCAUGAAUGGCCCCUAUAUUGAGAAACCCUCCCAAGUCUGGAGCUGCGGCGAGAAUUGGGGGACAGUGAUUGGCUUGGUAGGAGAGGGUUUGAGCUGAACAGCUCCUGUAGAUCUUGUAUUUAAAAGGAAGAAUCGAGCAUAUUUUUAUUCAUGAACUCCUUUAAUCUUAUUGUAUCAUAUUUGCCACCCACUCCAUGUUUUGAAUUGUAAUCAAGCUCGGGCGACGUUAAAUUUUAAUAUCACCCUUCCCUCGUUAUUUAUAUUUCUAACUAUAGUUACACAUUUGACAAUUGACUCACUUUUUGAAGAAAUGUAGUACUGCAGCCGCAGUAAAAAACUACUUAGUUUUUUC